AUGACCAGUAUCAACGCUGCCGAGAUGCCGGAAGUGAAUAUGGCCGUUGGACCCUUGGACCUAUAUAAUAAUGCUACCGCGGGUCUGACCUUGACUGGGUCAGAAAUUCCUUUCUUCCCAAGCUACGACCUGGACUGGCCAGAUAUCAUGGAAAAUAUCGACAGCUUUGCGGUCCCGGAUCAGGUUGGGGCAGAUAAUACAGCACCGACUCGAAGUGUCCUGGCAGGUGAAAUAUAUCAAGAACGAAUUAUUUCGGCCGUGAAGCAAUUCAAAUCCUGGCCAGGUAUGUACGCAAAUCGAGGACAUAUUCCGUUCAUACACGCCCGGUUAUAUACAGACCACCUACCAUCCGUCAUGCAAGAAGCUCUGGGAAUUUGCUCCCUUAAUGCUCAGAGAAAUAGUCACAACGAGCACUUGGUCAAUCGGUGCAUCAGUCAAGCGGCGCGACGACUAUUGAAAAAGCACUGCGAGUUAGAUGAUAUGUCCAUCACUGAGCAACUAGCUUCGGUACAGGCAUUAUGCCUCUAUCAGAUCGUUCAACUGUUCGAUGGGGAUAUUGCGCUGCGAUCGCAAGCCGAAGCGGCGGGGCCUUUCCUGGAUCGAUGGCUUCGCCAGCUCAAGUGCUAUGCCAAGCCUGUCAGCGAUGCAUUGAGAAAUGCGACUCCCGUGGGAUCCGCACACGAUGCAUGGCGGGCAUGGGUAUUCGAUGAAUGUGUACGACGAACCCUGAUCGUCGGGUUUUCCAUUGAAGGGCUCUACUCGUUUCUCAAGAACGGUUGGGAUGCCUCUCACCAUGAUUUUGCGGAACUUGGUUUCUACGCACAGCGGGCGCUCUGGACUGCGCCAUCCGAAUAUUUCUGGCUGGCAGCUCUGCAGGACCACUUGUUGCUUCCAGUGUGGUUUCGGACAUGGGAGGCUGAUACUGCUCAAGCGCAACCUUCAGACAUGGAAGAACUCGGAAUGAUCAUGAUGGGGUUCAUAAAGGGAGUAGAUUAUUGCCGUCACUGGGCAGGAAAAGAGGCUCUUGAUCAAUUUGGUCUCGCUUUACCCGAACUCGGCUCGUACCCCUGA